AUGCCUGUAUUUUCGAAAAGAAAAUAUUCUGGUCAUGUUGCGUGGUCAAAGUUCACAUUGAUACAAUCUAAUCAGUCUAAGCACAAUAUUCCUCUUCAUUUGAUUUUUUAUUUAGCUGUCUCCCUUUUUUCUCUCUGUCUUUCUCCGUCGUCUGUAACUUUAAACUUUAUUUUCUUUUUCUUUUCUUUUCUUUUAACACCGUUUUCUAACAUUCCUUUGCCUUCUUUAUCUUUCUUUAUCACUUUCCGUGUGUUGCUCGCUCUCUCUCUCUUUCUCUUUCUUUCUUACUUACUCGGUGUUACUCACUCAUUCUCUCUUUUUCACUCACAUUCGACAUUUACAUACUCUCUUUCACUCUCUCUCUCUCUCUUUCUCUCUUACUUACUCGGUGUUACUCACUCAUUCUCUCUUUUUCACUCACAGUCGCUCUCUUCGACAUUUACAUACUCUCUUUCACUCUCUCUCUCUCUCUCUUUCUCUCUUUCUUUCUUACUUACUCGGUGUUACUCACUCAUUCUCUCUUUUUCACUCACAGUCGCUCUCUUCGACAUUUACAUACUCUCUUUCACUCUCUCUCUCUCUCUUUCUCUCUUACUUACUCGGUGUUACUCACUCAUUCUCUCUUUUCCUCACAGUCGCUCUCUUCGACAUUUACAUACUCUCUUUCACUCUCUCUCUCUCUUUCUCUCUUUCUUUCUUACUCGGUGUUACUCACUCAUUCUCUCUUUUUUUUCACAGUCGCUCUCUUCGACAUUUUACAUACUCUCUUUCCUCUCUCUCUCUCUCUUUCUCUCUUACUUACUCGGUGUUACUCACUCAUUCUCUCUUUUUCACUCACAGUCCCUCUCUUCGACUUUUACAUACUCUCUCUCUCUAUCUCUUUCUCUGUCUCACACUGCCUCAACUUUCUUUUUUUUUUCUAAAAUAUUGAUAUUCGAUUUUCCUAAUCUUCUCUUUCUAUCUUUGAAUAAUUGUCUUUUAUUUAUUUUUCCUUACACUUUCAAAUUGUCUCGCCACUUAGUAUCAAUGGAUAACUGUCACCUGCUUUCGUUAAACACACAAAACAACACAGACACAGCUGAGACAAAACCGAAAUUAGUGCCAUUCAAGCAAAUGCUCACAUUUCAAUAUUCUAAUGGCCACAAUGAUUUCACAACAGCCAUUCGUGCCACUCCUGUGACGUCAGAGUUGUUCUAA